GCAUCUGACUAUUCGCAUUUUCUUGUGUCCCAAACAUAUUUGGUAUAACCCUCAAUUAUGUCCCUCUAUAAAUAUAUCCACACAUGCAUUGGUAUUUUUACAAUUCAUCAAAGUCUCAAAGCAAAAUAAGCAAAAAUGAAAAAGGAAGGUCAUCAACACGGUUUCGUUCGGACCGGGAUGAUUCAUCCGCCAGGAUUUAGUCCAAGACCCUCCAACCAAUUCAUGAACCGGCUUGAUUCGCCACCGGCUUCAGGAGAACAUACCAAAGUGCCAUCAAAACCUACCCACCAUUCUAAAUUUACAGGAAAACAUGAGCGUUCCAAGUAUAGCAAUUGCCAUGUAUUGCCGGCUAUGAAGUCUGCUGACACAUCCAAGGGUCGCCAAAAGUUAAAGUCGACAGAUUGGUGGGUUGAUGAUAAGCUAGAUCGGCUCACCGGUUCGGGUGCCUCCUCUGCUAGAGAUAUUUUGGAUACAAUAGGUGGUGAAGGUUAUGGUGGUCAUGAUUAUGAUGAUGACGAUGACUGUUAAACAUUUCAUCAAGAAACUUGAAAGUUGUUUUUUUUCUUAUAUGUUGAAUUAGAUAACAUCUGAAAGACUAGUUUCGAAAAUAAAAAUGAAACAGCUAUGGAAAGAAAAAAGAAGAAGAUAUUUUCGAAUCAAUGCAAAAUUUGAUUAGUAUGA